CCUCUCCUCCCCGGGGGGGCUCCCGCCUUUCCGCGCUCGCCCCCACUCGCUCCGUCGGCGCAGGCGCCCUCUCCAAGAAUGCACCUGCUCCCCCACCGCUUAACCCGGGCAUUUGCAGCGGCCGGCGCUCUUGCGUCGCUCCUCGGCUUCGCGCGUCCCGUUAUCCCGAGGAGGGAGGCAGGGGGAAGCCCGGCAGGAUGUCCUGCUGAGGGGAGCCGGACGGAGAUGCCGCCGCCGCCGCCGCCGCCGCGCCCUGGCUGGAGGUGAGCGCCAGCCGCGGGGAGCCCCGGUCCGUGCGCCCCGGCGAUGUUCCCGGCCCGCGAGGCGGCGCAGCCGGGGGGAGCCCCGCCGAGCCCGGAGAGCCCUCCGGCGGCGGCCGCGGUGCCCGUGGCCGAGCUGAGCGACGCCGAGCUGGGCGGCUGCAGCAAGGAGGAGCUGGUGCGCCGCCUGCGCCACGAGGAGGCCGAGAAGCUGGCGGCGCUGGUGCAGCGCGGGCGGCUCAUCCAGGGCGUCAACCGGCAGCUGCAGGAGCACCUCCGCGAGAUCCGCGAGCUGAAGGCCGUCAACGGGCGGCUGCAGGCCGAGAACCGCGAGCUGCGCGACCUGUGCUGCUUCCUCGACGAGGACCGCCUGAAGGCCAAGCGGCUGGCGCGCCACUGGCAGCUCUUCGGGCACCACGCGGCGCAGGUGCUGCGCGACGAGGUGGCCGCCUGCCUGCGCAAGCUGGCCGGCCUGGAGGGCCUGCAGGAGCGCCUGGCCAAGGACAACCUGGAGCUGAAGGAGCUCUGCCUGGCCCUCGAGGAGGAGUGUGCCUCCGCCCGGCCCGACGCCACCCCCAGCCCCGGCGGCGGCUCCUCCGAGCUCAGCCUGCCCUGCGGGCCCCGCGACCUGGGCGACGGCAGCUCCAGCACCGGCAGCGUCGGCAGCCCGGACCAGCUGCACCCGGCCUGCUCGCCCGAUGACUAGGAGAGCCCCACCCCUGGGAGAACCGACAGGGCCGGCUUGCACACGGCAGACCCUCUGCCCUCCUCCCUUCCCUUGCAAGAAAGCCGGCCAGCUUCCCUGCCCUUUCCCUCCCACCCCAUCCAUAGAGCCAAAAGGGGAGGAUUUGGUGGUGGUGGUAGCAUUCUCCCCAUGAUUUGGGAAAUGGGCACACAGAGUUUGCUAUAUCUGUGCUCCGGUGAAUGCAGCAAGCCUCUGAGGUUACACUGAACUCUUUCCACCAAGCCAUAAUGCAAGGCUGGAAAACAAAGGGAGAAGGUUACAGACACAUGUCCGUGGCUGCCCUGCUGACAUUCCUAUAGAUCAACCUGGGAGAUGUUUCCAGUGAUGGUCUGCUGCUCCCAAGACAAGAACGGAUAAGCAGCUCUAGACCAGGGUGCGUUUCUUCACAGCCGUUCCAAUGGAAAUGGGACCCUGCCCCGUAACUUCUGUCGUUUAAGGCAGCAAGCUUCGUGAUUUCACAGAAGUCUUCUCUAUGAAUGCAGUUUCAGUAGGGAACCUUUCAAACCAUGGACUUCUCCUUGCUGACCUCAGUGAUGGGGGACCCAGGAUGGAAUGCAGCGCUCCCCCUCCUCCCCCAAGAAAGGACUGAAUAUCCCAUACACAAAUUACAGAGGGGUUAGCAGUGUUAGUUUGUUAAGGGUCCAUACUUUUGAAAUCAUGUGUUUCGGCACCUUAAAGACUAAACAGAAAGCUUCUACCAUAAUCUGCAAGCCUUUAAGGUACCACAAGAUUCUUUUUUUUAUGCACUAGCUUGUAGGAGGGAGAAGAAGUGGGAAAAGGGGCAGCAAGGAUUCCCAGCUGUUUGGAAGUAAUUAUAUACCUAUUGGAGUACUGGAUGAAGGGAAAGGGGGAAUUCUGAAUGCUAAAUGAUUGAUGCCAUGGGCGGGGGGGGGGAGCGGGUUUGAAUUUGGCUGGUGAUUUUUCAGCUUGGGGAGGGAACAAGAGACUUGAUUGCAUAGAGAGCUGCAUAGAGAGACUUUUAUUAGGUUGCAUUCUUUUAUCCUGCCCCAACUCUGGUUUUAAUACUGCAGUAGAAAUCCCCCAUCCCAAAAAAACCCCCCAUUAUGGGGCCUCCCACAGGAACUAAAGCUUGCAUGGGAUGGGAGAUCAGCAUGAGUUGCUGUAAAGGGCAAGAGAUGCUGUCCUCUUGAACAUCCUUUAAGAAUCUCGUGUGAAAGGAGAUUCCCUGAUGUAUCAAUUGCUCCUCUCAUAAUUCGUGAAGGAGCUUGUAUAGGGAACAAGAAUUCCAGAGGAAUGAUUCCCGCUUGAAUCUAUUUAAACAUCUUUUAAAGCCAUCUAUGUCCCUGGCCAUCGCUGUAACCCCUGGCAGUGAAUUCCACAAUUUGUUUACUCAUUGAGUAAAGAAAAAUAUUUUCUGUUUGUCUGCCCUGAAUAUAUUGCCCAUCUUUGGGUGCCCCCGUGUUCUCUUAUUUUGGGAGAAGGAGAAAAAGUCGUCUCUGUCCACUCUCUCCACCCCAUGCAUAAUUAUGUAAACCUAGUUGCUCUCUUCCACACUUCCCCCCCCCCCAGCUCUGCAAUGUCUUUUCUGCAGUAUGAAGACCAGACAUCUCUCUCCCUGCCGCUCACAUUUGCAAUAGCUGGCAAGAUUCUGCUUGGACUGAGAUUUUCAAAAAUGGUAGUCUCCAGAACUUCCCCUCUAACGUGAGCUGCGAGGCUUACGGCCAGAACUGAAUUUGUGUACCUAUGAUGGAUGGGAUUUAUUUCUGAGAUAGACUUCUGGGGCAGUCACACACAGACGAUGCAAAACUGUUGGAAGGAGGCCUCUUAUCAGACAAACUGCUGUAGGUGAAAGUUGUGUGUUUUUGGCCUGCACUGAACUCUACUUGUGGUCAAUGAAACAUGCCUGGAGGCCAAGUGAAUCACUUACUGUAUUGUUUUCUAAAGACAGCCUUGGAUAGCAGGAAAUUGAGGCCUGGGAAACAGCUUCCUGUUCCCCCUCAAGGACUCGCAAGAUCUCUCUUCCAGGAGACAGUCAAACCUGGGGUGGGGGCAAUAUCCUGUUAUCUUGCAGGGCGGGGGAUGCAGCCUGCGGCUCUGUUGAUGUGUGCUACCCCCAAACUGGAGGGGAAGCGAAAGAUUCCUCAAGCAGUGGGUGUAAGAAAUCUCUUGGGGAGUCUAAUAAAUGUUUUAAAUUGUAACCAUUCGUGGAGGUGGAAGCACUGAAAGUGUCUUGCUUCUGGCGUGGGUGGGUGUCUUAAACUCUCCAAUUACCAGCCAGCUCCGAUUUACCCUCUGAUAUUUCUCAUCUGGAAAUGAGCACAAAGUGGUUUCUUCGUUUCCAAACUGGGAGGUGCAGGGAUUAGAAAUGGGUGCGGGUGUCGGGCUGGCCGAGGUUGUUCAGUGGGGAUUGUGCAUUCUGCAUAUGCUCAGGGGCAGUUUUGUUCCAAGGUCUGAAAGGGGGUUUUCUUUGGCUUAGCGUCCUGGUUUUACAGCUUGGCUCUCCGUUACAGCUGUAAGACCAGGAUGCCUACAUUUCCCAUCAAAACUUGAGGGAAGCUGACAAGUGUCCAACCUGUGUUUGCACUUGCAGCUUGGCUCUUAGACAAUGGUAGUGGGGAGAACUUCCUAGGAUUUGUCCAUCUGGAGGGGAGGGAGAUGUAUAUUUUGUUGACAUAAUCAGUCUUAGAAUCUAUAUUCUUGCAAACAUUUGGAGGAGGGAAGAGGAAAGAAAUGGAUGCCGAGACCCUUUUUUACUUCAAUGCUAAACUUAAUAUUGACACAUUGAGGUUAGUAGGAGGCAAUUGACCAAGGUGGAUUGGGGCAAGAGGAUGAGAGAGAAAAUUAGGCUUUUCUUCCUACCUUGCUCUUCCAGUUUCAUUUUUUUAGUAUAACUUUUCCUGAUUAUCUGAGAUUAAUCCUCCCAUUAAAAUCAGGCAUUUUUUUUUAAAAAAAACAUUGCUAUAUAUUUAAUAAAAUUUACCCAAAAUCAGAGGACAGAGUUCUUCCUCUGCAACCUGGCCAUACA